AUGGACGACGCUUUCAGACGGACAAAACGGCCGACGCGGACGCGCUGCUGCACCUGUCGGUGCGGUACGAGGGCCAGCGGAUCGUGCGCACGGCCCGGCUCGGCGGCCAGUGGCAGCCGGCGGCCGACGACGUGCCGGCUGAGGAGGGGGCCACCGCCAAGGUGCUGCAGCGGCUCGUGCCCGGCAAGGUGUUCACGCUGUACGUGCUGGUGGGCGACCAGCAGUUCCACGUUGCGCUCGGCGGCACCCCGGUCGGGACGUACCCGAUCCGGGGGCCGCUCGCCGACAUCAAGGCGAUCGCGAUCACGCGCGACGUGCACCAGGUGCUGUCCGUCGACCAUCGGCAGUCGUUUCCGGUGCCGUAUCCGGCGCUGCAGGGCGACGACGGUACCGCCUACUACUUCUCCAACGACGUCCCGAAACCGUUCCUGCCCGGUAGGCCACAUCAUCAUCCUGACCGCCAUCCCGUACGGCAAUCCGCGCGGCGGCUUCAUCCUGAAGUUCAACGAGAACGGCAGCAAGCGGCAGGCACUGCACUUCAAUCCCCGCUUCGAUCCGCACUACGUGGUCGUGCGGAAUUCGCACGCGUCCGACGCGCUCGACUUCCGGCAGGAGGAACGGUCCGGCGGCUUCCCCUUCAUCAUCGACCAGCAGUUCAAGCUGGCGAUCGGGCUGGCGGAGCAGGAGUUCCGGUUCGCCAUCAACGGGAGCAGGUUCGAGACGUACGCGUACAGGGCGCCCCGCCAGCUGGACGUGCUGAACGGCUUCCGCAUCGAGUGUACCGGCGGGCUGCAGCUGGAGGUGACCGCCGUCGACCAUUACUACUCGGGCGUCCCGAGCUGUGCCGGCUUCGAGGAGUACUCCGACCCGGACGUCGACAUCAUGUAGUGUGGGGGGGGGGGGGGGAGGGAUCCUUUUUUUUUU